AUGAAGCUUCUCAUUUGUCUCACGGCCAUGCUCGCGGUCCUCUUGCAGAGUGGGCUCAGUAAUGCUAUGUCCUUGGAUUUCACCAUGAUCACCUCAUCCAGCAAUGACAAAGACAUUUUCACCGUAGCUCGGGGCCCUCAAUCCACUAACAUCAAUGACAUAUCCCCCGUACAGCCGGUAGUCGUACCCAUUUCUGAGGCUGACGAAAUAUCCAUUGUCACAGCCUCAGGUAUUGGCUCAGUCCCGACACGUACACAGACCUCAACCUGUCACACAACCUCGACGGACACGGCAGUUCCGCCCGCGAAUAUAAAGAGAAACGAGGGAGGCUACCAACCCUACGGAGAUCCUUUCGAUCCGCCGCCGCCGAAGAGUGCUGCGGUUGCAAACUCGUGUGCGUACUCUCUACUCCUUGUUGCGACAACCCUCUGGGUGACUCUCCUUUUGUUUUCUCUCCCUCGGUCAACAAUCGCCGCCACGAUCCCGCCAGCGCCUUCCGCACCACUUGCAUCUCCAAAUGUCAAGAGUAAUGGAGGGGGAUACCAGCCUUACGGAGACCCAUUCGAUCCACCGCCGAGAAGUGGUGCACCGCAGGGAGUGAGGCUGUGUGCUUCGUUGUCCGUCGCAGUCAUGGUCCUUUGGGUGGUUCACUUCAUCUUUUCCAUUCCCCAUGGGGCAGCCGCGGAAUCCACCACCACGCUUGGUAUGCCGCAGCAGCACAAAAGAGUUGCAGGAAGUGCAGUUGCUGGCGGACACGGUGCGGACGGCGAAUGUGCUUUAGGACAGAAGGCUCAGUCAAUCCUGCUUCCGCUCAUCGAGACACUCCUUGCCGCUCUCUGGGUACGUUAUGUGUUCAGACAGCGCCAGGCGGUUGCUUCCGGAGGCGACCUCGCUCGUGCCAGGAACUAA